CGCUCGUCCCCUAGCAUCCGGGCUCGGAAUAUGACCCACCCCGUCAUCCCCGACGCUGCGGUGCGGGCUGCGCCACCUGCUCUGUUCUGCCCCACUCUGCUCGGCUGCAAUGCAAGCAUAUGGCUGACAAUGGCGAAAAUACAACCGAUGACGCUGAGCAAGCGUCGCACACCACCGGCUUCUUCUGUGCUGGUGGGUGUGCGUGCGCGGGUUUGGUGAUCCGAUUUCAGUUCUCCGGUUCCCCGUCGCCGCCUUGAAAUCGCCGGGGAACGGCGCACCACGCGCCAGCCCAAGCAUCCAUCGUAGUACCACCUUCUCCCACCCCAUGUCGCGCAUCUCCUUGCUCCUGCUCCUGCACCUCCUCCUCCUCAUCUUACCACCCGCCACCUCCGUCACGCCACAGUCGCCGACGGCCGUCCUCCUCUCCUUCCUCGCCUCCCUGCCCGAGGCCUCCCAGCGGAUCCUCCUGCCGUCGUGGCAGAGCAGCACCAAUACCAGCGCCAACGGCAGCUCGGCCACCACCCAGCACUGCGCGUUCCGUGGCGUCACGUGCACCGCCGCGGGCGCGGUCACCGCGCUGAACCUCUCCGGGCUGGGCCUGGCGGGCGCGCUCGCGGCGUCAGCGCCGCGCCUCUGCGCGCUCCCGACGGCCCUCUCCUCGCUCGACCUCAGCGGGAACGUCUUCGCCGGACCCGUCCCGGCCGCGCUCGCCGCGUGCUCCGGCGUCGCCACCGUCCUCCUGGCCCGCAACCGCCUCACGGGACCCGUGCCCGCGGAGCUGCUCUCCUCGCGCCAGCUCCGGAAGCUGGACCUCGGCGGCAACGCGCUCACCGGAGAGAUCCCGACUGUGCCUGCCACCGGUGCGUCCGUCCUCGAGCACCUGGACCUCAGCAACAACUCCCUCUCGGGCGCCAUCCCGCCGGAGCUGCUGGCCGCGCUCCCGGGCAUCAGGGUGCUGAACCUCAGCACCAACGCGCUCUCGGGACCGUUGCCCGAGUUCCCGGCCCACUGCCGGCUCACCUACCUCGCCGUCGACGGCAACGGCGGCAUCACCGGGGAGCUCCCCCGGAGCCUCGCCAACUGCGGCAACCUCACCGACAUGAUCCUAUCCUACAACAAGAUCGGCGGCACGGUGCCGGAUUUCUUCGCGUCCCUGCCAAGGCUGCAGCAGCUGUUCCUCGACGACAACAGCUUCGUCGGGGAGCUGCCGGCGAGCAUCGGCGAGCUCGCCGACCUGGAGAGCCUGGCGGUGUCGAAAAACGGCAUGACCGGACCUGUUCCGGAGACCAUCGGGAGAUGCAAGUCCUUGACGAUGCUCUAUCUGAACGGCAACCGGUUCAACGGCUCGAUCCCGCGGUUCGUCGGGAACCUGAGCAGGCUCCAGAGGUUCUCCAUGGCGGACAACGGCAUCGCCGGAACGAUCCCACGAGAAAUCGGGAAAUGCCGGGAGCUGGUGGAGCUCCAGCUGCAGAACAACAGCCUCUCCGGGACGAUCCCGCCGGAGUUCGGCGAGCUCGGCCGCCUGCGGAAGCUGGCCCUGUUCAAGAACACGCUCCACGGGACGGUACCUCCGGCGUUGUGGCAAAUGCCGGGCAUGGAGGAGCUGCAGCUCUACAACAACAGCCUGAGCGGAGAGGUCCCUGCCAGGAUCACUCAGUCGAGGAAGCUGAGAGAGCUCAUCCUGGCAUUCAACAACUUCACCGGCGAGGUCCCCGGAGCGCUGGGGCUGGACACGACCCAUGGGCUCGUUCGUGUCGACCUGACCGGCAACCGCUUCCACGGCGCGAUUCCGCCGGGUCUCUGCACCGGCGGCCGGCUCGCCGUGCUUGUCGUUGGACACAACCAGUUCAGUGGGGGAAUUCCCGGGGAGAUAGCUGAAUGUCAGUCCCUCUGGAGGGUCAGGCUCAACGACAACCGGUUCAGUGGUAGCUUGUUACUGCCUGAAGAUAUGGGCACGAACACAGGGUGGUCAUUUGUGGACCUAAGUGGCAACCGUUUUGAUGGGAGGAUACCGAGUGUGCUCGGCUCAUGGCGCAACCUCACCAUGCUUGAUCUGUCCGGCAACAGCUUCUCCGGCCCGAUACCGCACGAGCUCGGAGCUCUAAGCAUGAUCGGGACUCUGCGAUUGUCGUCGAACCGGCUCACCGGACCGAUACCGCGACAGUUUAAGAACUGCAAGAGGCUCUUCCGUUUGGACCUUGGUGGUAACCUUCUGAAUGGAAGCAUACCUGCAGAGGUUGCAACACUUGAUAGCCUGCAAUAUCUUCUGCUCAAUGGGAACAAGCUCACCGGAACAAUUCCGGACUCCUUCACUGCAACACAGGGCCUACUUGAGCUGGACCUUGGUGGCAACUCUUUGGAAGGUGCCAUCCCUCCUAGCUUAGGCAACCUUCAGUACAUUUCCAGGAAUCUGAACCUUAGCAACAACAGACUGAGUGGCCAGAUCCCAAGUAGCCUUGGCAACCUUCGGAGCCUGGAGGUGCUCGACUUGUCGGCGAACUCGUUGUCCGGUCCGAUUCCAUGGCAGCUUUCCAACAUGAUCUCACUCUCUGCAGUGAAUGUUUCUUUCAACGAGCUCUCUGGCCAGCUCCCUGCUGGCAACUGGGCUAAGCUCGCCGAAGAGUCCCCCGACGCUUUUCGCGGGAACGCGCAUUUGUGCAUACAUCCUGGCAAUGCACCUUGCUCAAGAGAUCAGUCUCGGAAAACCCGAAGGAGGAACACACAAGUUAUCGUGGCAUUGUUGCUGUCAACAUUCACAGUCAUGGUUGCUGCAUUGUGUGCUAUCCACUACAUUGUGAAGAGGUCGAAGCACCUAUCGGCGAAAAAUGGCUCGGUACGCAACUUGGACUCAACAGAGGAGCUGCCAGAGGAUCUGACCUAUGAAGACAUCCUCCGGGCCACCGACAACCUGAGCGAGAAGUACGUCAUCGGCAAAGGCCGGCACGGCACGGUAUACAAGACGCAGUUUGCGGUCGGAAAACAGUGGGCGGUCAAGACGGUCGAUCUGUCACGGUGCGGAUUCCCCAUUGAGAUGAAGAUACUCAACACGGUGAGGCACCGCAACAUCGUCAGGAUGGCGGGGUACUGCAUUCGACGCAAUGUCGGCAUGAUACUCUACGAGUACAUGCCGGAGGGGACGCUUUUCGAGUUGCUGCAUGAGAGGACGCCCCAGGUGGCUCUGGACUGGACGGCCCGGCAUCUCAUCGCCCUCGGCGCCGCCGAAGGCCUCUCCUACCUUCACCAUGACUGUCUGCCCAUGAUUGUCCACAGGGAUGUCAAGUCGAGCAACAUUUUGAUGGAUGCCGAGUUGGUGCCCAAGAUUACGGACUUUGGGAUGGGGAAAAUCGUCGGCGAUGAGGAUGCGGAUGCGACGGUGUCGGUCGUCGUUGGCACCCUCGGCUACAUUGCUCCAGAGCAAGGCUACUCGACAAGGCUGACCGAGAAGAGCGACGUGUACAGCUACGGGGUGGUGCUUCUGGAGCUCCUGACCAGGAAGAUGCCCGUUGAUCCCGCGUUCGGGGACGGCGUCGACAUUGUGACCUGGAUGAGGUCCAACCUGACGUCGACGCAGGCGGACCAUGGGAGCGUCAUGAGCUGCCUGGAGGAGGAGAUCACGUACUGGCCUGAGCAUGAGCAGGCCAAGGCGCUGGACCUGUUGGACCUGGCCGUCUCGUGCACGCAGACGGCUUGCCAGUCGAGGCCGUCGAUGAGGGAGGUGGUGAACAUCUUGAUGAGGAUUGACGAGAGUAUCAUCAUUUCAGAGCUUCACAAGUGAGACAGUGAACCGUUGCAGCAUUUGCAAACCAGACGUAACCGCAAGUACCCCCAGUGGAGUGUGGAACUAUGCGGUACUAGAGGUUGGGCCGCGCCUCGGCGACGGACGGCCAUGUGGUUUUGUUCCGUACUCCUGUUCAAACAGGAGAGGCCCCUGGAGCGGCGUCGCCAUACGAUGAUUUAGUGAGCUUUGUGGUGGUGAUUGCGAGCACUGGUGUUUGAUAACUUGAUCAAUUAUGAUCAUUUGCCAGUUUGGCCUGAUGGUACUGGUCGCAAGUUGGGACGAACAUA